AUGGACGAGAUAAUAGUGCUGCAAACGCUGUAUUCUCUACUGGUGCAAAACAAGACCAACAGAGUAUCUUUGGUACGACUACAAACUGAGAUUAACGAAAAUGCAUUGAUGAAUAGAUUGGUUCCCUGCACCGGCAAACAGGUUCUUUCGGUCCACGAUAUCCUGGAGAUUAUAAAGCGGCUUUUCCCAAAGAAAACGUCGCUCACGGAGGGUCAAUUGACGUUCUACAAUCUGCAGUUGGGAGAGAUGCGGGACACGCUCUUUGAACUUUUCGAGAGAAUCAAGAAUGAGCUCACCUCUCAAAUUAGCGAGUCCGAGCCCCUAAUAGACGUGCUGAUUAAGGAUAAGACUACUUCGCAAAGAACACGGCUCCUGGUCUUGUGCAGAGACACGCUGCUCAACAAGUUUGAGGAACACGGAAGGUCCAAGAUGUAUCUGAAAAGUGUAGGAGAAGGGGCGGUCAAAGAACCGCUGGAUCUCGAACUAAUACGCAAGAGAACGCCGGCAAGUAUUUUGGAGCUGCAGGCGUGGCUACAAAUGUGCGUCGCAAAUGCUACAAUGUUUCACCAGAGUGGCAGUCAAGAGUGGAGGGAUGCAAGGGCAAGUCAGGGUGAGCUUGAUGAGACUAUUGGGUUUGUAAGAAGUGUACUAGAGUAA